AAGUGCCUUCUGCUCUUCCGCGUUGUCAGAUAUCCAAAGUAAUUCACACCGAUAGCUGGUUUCAUUUAAGGUUCUUGUCGGCAGUUUGGGAGCAUCCCCUCGCAACCAGGCAGGAAAACAAAAGCAGGACAGUGGUGUGAUGUCAGCUGACGCCCCCAUGCUGUUGAGCUGCUGAGCUGCUGACUGUCACCUCCAACACCACCACCACCACCAUCAGCAUGUCUGUGGGCGACAACCCUCACCUGCUGCUUGGCAGGAUCCGCUUCCUGAACAGAUGCAUUGAGUGUUUCAAGAGGAGCGAGCCGCUGCCGGAGUGCCUGUGUUAUGUCCCCAAAGAGGUGUGCUACAAAAUCUGCAAGGAUUCAUCGUCCACCUCCACCACCUCUUCCGGAGGAGCUGCAGGAGGCUCCAUCGUAGGAAAAACGCUCGUCUCCGUCUUUGAAAAUCCACACCAAACCCCACACAUAAAGAAAUUAUGCAAGUACAACAUUGAACCAAAGAAAGGGACAUGCAUCCGGACCACGGGAGACGAAUACCGCAACAGCCAGGGUCUGUGGGUCAAAAUCAUUAAGGAGCAGAUGGAGGAGCACCGUCAAGGCAUUGAGCUGGAGGAAGGCUGGAUCCUGGUGUGUAAACACACCGAGGGAGGCGACAGGUUGGUCCCCGUGGAGUCACCAGAGACCGUCAGCAGACAACAGCAGCUCUUCGGCUACGACCACAAGCCCUGCAACAGGUGGGAGCAGGUGGUGAAUGUGGAGAAUGCGUUUUACGUGGGCUCCAAACCCAGAAUCGCUGAGAGUGACGACAACGCCAUCCAGAAGCUAAGGUAUGUCCCUCCAACCUGGACGUAUGAAUGCGACGAGGACCUGGUGCACUACUUCUGCGACCACAUAGGGAAAGAGGAUGAGAACCUGGGAAGUGUGAAGCAGUGCGUGACCAGCAUCGAUGUUUCUUCAUAUUCUGACGAUCCCAGUGGAGGGGUGAGCUGUCUGACAGACGGUGACAUUGAGACGUACUGGGAGAGCGACGGCAUGCAGGGACAACACUGGAUCCGCCUGCACAUGAAGAGAGGCACUGUGGUCAAUAAGCUGAUUCUGACGGUGGACUCCACAGACGAUAACUACAUGCCCAAACGAGUCACGGUUUUUGGAGGAGAGGGGGACAACCUGAAGAAGCUGAGUGACGUCACCAUAGACGACAACCUGAUUGGAGAAGUAUGUGUGCUGGAGGACAUGACGUCUCACCUGCCUGUAAUUGAGGUUCGGAUUGAGGAAUGUAGAGAUGAGGGGAUAGACGUCCGGAUCCGAGGCUUGAAGAUCAAGUCGUCAUGUGAAAGAGACCUGGGUCUGAAUGCUGAUGUUUUCCAGCCCUCUAACCUGGUGCGCUACCCCCGUCUGCAGGGCAACACGUCUGACGUCCUGUACCGCAGAGCACUGGUCAUCCAGAGGUUCAUCUGUCUUUUGGACAGUGUGCUUCCACAUUUGGUACCGGCCUGGGACCACAGCCUGGGUACCUUCAACCAGAUCAAAAACAUUAAGCAGUUGCUGCUGCUGUCCAAGCGCCGCUCAGCACUCAUCACCCAGUGCCUGAAGGACUCCGAGACCGUUAAGCCGAACUUCAUGCCCCGACUGUACAUCAACCGACGUCUGGCCAUGGAGCACAGGGACAACCCCUCUCUGGACCCCAGCUGCAAGAACGCUGUGUUAAGUCAGGUGUAUGAAGGUCUCAAGCCAUCUGACAAAUUUGAGAAGACUCUGGAUUACAGAUGGCCCGCUCGCUAUGACCAGUGGUGGGAAUGUAAGUUCAUUGCAGAGGGAAUCAUUGACCAGGGAGGAGGAUUUCGGGACAGCCUGGCAGACAUGUCUGAGGAGCUAUGCCCCAGCUCAGCUGAGUGUCCGAUGCCUCUGCCGUUCUUCAGCCGUACGUCCAACCAGGGUGCCGUAGAAGCAAGAGAUUACUACGUCCCCAACCCGUCCUGUAAAGAGUUUGCUAAGUAUGAGUGGAUUGGUCAGCUCAUGGGAGCUGCGCUCAGAGGAAAAGACUUCUUGGUCUUGGCUCUGCCCGGGCUGGUGUGGAAGCAGCUGACUGGAGAGGCUGUCAGCUGGAAUAAAGAUUUCCCUGCUGUGGACUCAGUGCUGGUAAACCUGCUGGAGGCCAUUGAGAACAUGGACCGGGAGACGUUUGAGUUCAGGUUUGGUGAGGAGCUGGUGUACACCACCCUGACGAGUGACGGCCAGAUGGUGGACCUCAUUCCCGGAGGCAGUAAUGUGGCCGUUCGCUAUGAGGACCGCAGCGAGUUCAUCCGCCUGGUGCAGAAGGCUCGGCUAGAGGAGAGCAAGCAACAGAUUGCAGCCAUGCAAGCGGGGCUGCUGAAGGUGGUUCCUCAGGCGGUGCUGGACCUGCUCACCUGGCAGGAAGUGGAAAAGAAAGUGUGUGGAGACCCCGAGAUCACUGUGGAAGCCCUGAAACGACUCACACACUAUGAGGACCUGGAACAAAGUGACGUCAGAGUCCAAUACUUAUGGGAAGCACUGACGAACUUCACCAAUGAGGAUCGCAGCAGGUUUCUGAGGUUUGUAACUGGUAGAAGUCGUCUUCCCGCGCCAAUCUAUGUCUUCCCGGACAAACAAGGCUCUGAAACAACUGAUGCACUUCCUCAGUCCUCCACAUGUUCCAGCACUCUUUAUUUACCCAACUACCCAAGUGCAAAGGUCUGUGAGGAGAAACUACGUUAUGCAGCAUACAACUGUGUGGCCAUUGAUACAGACAUGAGCCCCUGGGAAGAGUGAUGUCUAUGCCGCUUCACUGAAUAAACUUUACAAUCACUGUUGAAUGGAGAAAUCUUGCCAAGUUUAUCACCAUAUCAUACAGUAUAUCACAACUGCCAAUUAAUCCUAGCUGUAUAUAAUAAAGAACUAUAUGGA